AUGGCCAUCGCUCCUAUCACCGGCACCUUGAGAAGAAAAAUCAUCACCGACAUAUCGUUGGCCUUCGGCUGCGGCUUCAUUUUCGCCGGUCUUUACUGGGAGUUUGAGCACAAACCGCUCGUUCAGAAGAGAGAGGCCUUCUACGCCCAGUUGAAGGCUCAAAAGGAGGCCGAAGACUCCGUGUAA